GAUUGGUGGAGCAUGAUUUGAGGCGGGAAACCGAGACUCAAAUUUCGGCAAAGAUUGGUGUUUUAAUCUAGUUCCUAAACUUGGUCCUCUUUUCUUUAACUUCUUCCAUUUUUAUUGACAGGUAAGACAAAAUGUUUUACUACCCCAAUGUGCUCCAGCGACAUUCUGGAUGUUUUUCCACAAUUUGGUUAGCAGCCACUAAAGGCAUCAGGGUGACCCGCAGAGAGCUUCUGAGAGUCAAUGUCAAGCGGACCUGCGGGGAGAUUUUGGACUAUGUGACUGCACAGGUUCCUCCACCACAACCCAGCCUGCCCAAGCCUCGGUUCUCUCUGUACCUGUCCUCUCAGCUGCAGUAUGGAGUGGUUGUAGUCUACCACAGGCAGUGUGGCUUCUUGCUUGAGGAGGUUCAACAAACCAUAGACCGCCUGCUGCGCUGUAAAAGAUGUGUACCUAUAGACAUGGCUGAAUCUGGCAGGAAUGCUUUGGAUAUGCCUGACAUCCUGUACAUGAUGGAGGAGGCAGAAGGAGCGCAGGAUCCCUUCUUUGGUAUCAUGGAAUCUCAACACCUCCCCAGCCCAUACAAAUUACCCCAGACAGGGUUUGUGAUAGAAGAUGUUGGUUCACAGCACUCCCUAGUGCCCAGUCCCCACACCACACGAGGUUUCAGGUCACCUCCAGCUGCCAUCACUCUAACUGAGAAGGAGCACUUCAUCACCGCUGCUGAGGAUUUCGAGGGAGCUGAUCUUCCUGAAGCCACAGCCAGAGAGAUCGACUUAUUGAUGGACCAAGCUGACCAGUUCCAUAAAGAUGCAGAGGAGCAGACAGAGGAGAGCAGCUGGAAAGGAGCCAUGUCUUCUGCUGAUCAGCUGGAGGAGGCGGUGUUGGGGACAGACCGGGACAGUGUGUGGCUGCUGGACGAGGAGACAGGUCAGCCUAUGGCGGUUCCUUUGGCAACCAUUGCCCUAGAGAUGACCCCUGUACAAGUUGCCAUGCCAUCUCCACCCUCUGGGGCAUCUGGGAAAGAGGGGGACAGAACGACAGAAAGGCCGUGUGAUGAGGUGGCUGCUCCUCCUCUAAGGAAGCGCGGUGGAAGACGCAGGCGUCAGCUGGUCUUUGCAGACCCUCAGGUCCAGAUAUCUGAAAGAGUGAUGGAGGAGCAGAUCGGGAACCCGAGGGCCGAGACGCUCAGACUGUCAGACGUGUUGCUGGACUUCCUGUCUGUGACCACGCAUGCCACUCCUGCUCAGCUCUUCAGCACCCCCUGUGGAUCGCUCCUUCACACUGACCUCCAGACGCUAUGGAAACGGCAGGCCUCACUUGCUGUCCUGCCCAGACAAGAAAAAGAGAAAGGGGAGGAGGAAGAAGAAGAGGAGGAGAGAUUGGGGUUAGAGCAAGAGAGAGAGAUAAUGAGGGCAGAGAGGAAGAGAAGGCACUCGUCCAUGAAGGAGAUACCCAGUGUGUCAAGACUGCAAAGCACAGAGGGCUCAUCUGUGUCAGAUAUGAUGCUGGACAUGUCCAAAGAAGAUCGAUCAGUAAGCGAUGCCGUUACUCCCAUCAGCAGAUGGUCUCUGCAGGAGGAAGUCCAACAACCAAUGGAGCCCAUAGCAGAAGAAAGGAUUGAGAUGCCCGAGGCUCAGACUGACGUAGACAGCAGGGACAUGCUGAGCUGGAUCACCUUCGGCCUGCAGAGGUUUGGUGAAGUCACCUUUGACUCUCUGCUGCCCCCAGAGGCCAGUCGCUCCACUGCAACUGACACAUUCUACAAACUGCUGGAGCUCCUGUCUGCUGGACAGGUGACCGUACAUCAGACUGAGCCCUACAGCUGCAUCACCAUAAGCUCUGCUAAGCUCACGAUGGCUGCCUGAAUACACCUGCGGCAGCCAGCUAAAACCCAGUAGAGAUUCAGCUCAUCUGAACACAUUGUUAAAUCCAGUUUUUAAUCAAUAACAUAUGAAUAUUAUUAUAUGAGUGACUUUUAAUUAACAUGACUCUUUUUUUUAAAAAAAACAUCAGCUUUUCAUGUUUUUAUGCUUGGAAAUUCAGUAUUUUUAAGGAUAUUUUUAAAAAUGUUAUCCUGCUCAUGUGGUUCAGAUUUAUUGCUUAUAUGGUUAUAUUUUCAGGUGUUUAGACAGAGAGUGUUGCAGUUUGGAAUGAGUGGUGUAUUAUUAUAGCUUUUUUUGUUUUGUUUUGUUUUGUAUUUUCUAUUUUCUCUGUUACUUUUCAUCCAUUUUAAUAUUUUUAACUCCACUUUUAUACAGUUUGUAUUUGCAGUGUUAAAUUUUAGCUCUUUAAACACUAAAAUCUUUAAUAAAAUGUUACUUAUUCUUUGCAUCU